CCUGUUGGCGCUGUGCGGGGGUGAGCCCGAGGAAGAAGGCGCAGAGCACCGCAGGCGGGUGUUUCCUGCCGAUCUGCCGGACGCGAUUCGCGGGAUGGAACCCCAAGGCUCAGCCAGACUGAAUUCCAGGAAGAGGAGGAAAGAAGGGGUCGGACCCAACGGGGCGGCCGAGACAGAUGGCAUCCCACCCAAAAUGCCGCGGAACUGUUUCGGGCUCAGAGAGCCAGCUCCAUUUUCCGAUGAACUUGAAGUGGACUACAGCAAGCCAUACGUCCGAGUGACGUUCGAAGAAGCAACAAGAGGGACUCCAUUGGACAGACCCGUCCGGGUUUACGCCGAUGGAAUUUUUGACCUGUUCCACUCUGGACACGCCCGGGCGCUGAUGCAGGCAAAAAACCUCUUCCCAAACACGUACCUCAUUGUCGGAGUCUGCAGCGACGAGCUGACGCACAACUUGAAAGGCUUCACGGUGAUGAACGAGGCCGAGCGCUACGAUGCCGUGCAGCACUGCCGCUACGUGGACGAGGUGGUGAGGAACGCGCCGUGGACUCUCACGCCGGAGUUCCUGGCUGAGCACAGGAUCGAUUUUGUGGCGCACGACGACAUCCCCUAUUCCUCUGCCGGCAGCGACGAUGUCUAUAAGCACAUAAAAGAAGCCGGCAUGUUUGCACCAACUCAGAGGACAGAAGGGAUUUCCACCUCCGACAUCAUCACCCGCAUCGUCCGGGACUACGACGUCUACGCCCGGCGGAACCUGCAGAGAGGCUACACGGCAAAAGAGCUCAAUGUCAGCUUCAUCAACGAGAAGAGAUACCACUUGCAAGAGCGGGUGGACAAGGUGAAGAAGAGGGUGAAGGACGUGGAAGAGAAGUCCAAGGAGUUUGUCCAGAAAGUGGAGGAGAAGAGCAUCGACCUCAUCCAGAAGUGGGAAGAGAAAUCCCGCGAGUUCAUUGGCAACUUUCUGGAGAUGUUCGGCCCUGAAGGAGCUCUGAAGCACAUGCUGAAGGAGGGCAAGGGGCGCAUGCUCCAGGCCAUCAGCCCCAAGCAGAGCCCCAGCAGCAGCCCCACGCACGACCGCUCGCCCUCCCCGUCCUUCCGCUGGCCCUUCACCGCCAGGACGCCCCCCUCCUCGCCAGCCGGCCUCUCCAGGAACAAGUCCACGGUCACCUACGACAUCAGCGAGGACGAGGAGGACUAAAUCCCGGCUUCCCUUCCUGGGAGAAGAAGGAGAUGUGUCCAAUGCGGAAUUGAGCAGCCCCACCUCCAGGCCUGACGGGAAGCGCCACUGAGCUCCAGGAAACCAGCGCCGAGGGGCCGGGUCUGCUGCAGCCGCCCGUCGGGGAGGCGCCUUUCUCCCACGCUAAGGGCUCUGGCCUGGGGGGAACGGGGGGCACGCUGUAACCACCUCCCCAUCCCCAAUCCUCCUCCCCCCCCUUCAACUUAGCAGUUAUUUUCUUCUCGGGGCCGAGGGAGGAAAGCAGGUCUUCUUUUAAAUCAAAUGUUUUCUUUUAAACCGAAGCCAAUGGUAUUAAACUGAGUGCUUCUAUUGGGGGGGGAGGGGGCAGGGCGGACAGGGCAGACAGACCCACCUCUGGACGAGCCCCCUUUCGCUGGCCGUAGCUUUGACCCACUGCUAGGCCCUCGAGCCUGCAUGGAGUUGAGGCAAGGCAGGAAGCCGCCACAGUAGGCCAAGCUCGAAAUACAGAGAGAGUGUUCGGGGGGGGGGAGGCAGCUGCAGGCUACGGAGCUGACGGAACCCUGUUUGGGAUGCUGGAGGCGGGGGGGGCAUCUUGCAUGCCCUCCAGCCCCCACGUUGCCCGGAUGGAAAGGGACGAGGGGCUGUGCAAAGCGGCGAGGGGCUUGCAGGUUUCCACUGUGACCCAACGAUGCACUUGGUUGGUUGGUUGGUUGGUUGGUUGGUUGGUUCUGCUUUUGCUGUCUCCCGCCCCCAGGAAGGACCCCCUUCGGGUUGCUUCACAUGCUUCACGUGCAGCGCCCCCCCAACUGGGCCAGAUGCUUCGCUUGUUCCUGUGUUCAGUGGAGAGGGUUUCACCUCUCGUUGGCCUGGCACCGUCGGUGCCCCAAGUGGAAAAUCUUGCCACGUGGGCAAGCCGGAACCAGAGCCGAACCGGGGUCACGUUCAAU